UGGUGUUUGUGUUGUUGAUGUUGUUGUUACAAUUCUACAAUGUUCAAGAACAUUCCCGAGUAUUUACAUAAAAAUAACAACAGUAAAUAAUUACACAUAAGAAACAAACAUAAACAAAUUAAAAAACAGAGUGAUUUAUAUUAAAUAAAAAUUAAUAAUAAUUAAAAUUCAUAACAAUGAGUGGAUUAUACUCUCAUGACAAUACAAAUGCGCCAUUAAUUGUCAAAAAAUAUUGUGAUUGUCCUGGUAAAACUAAAUGUCAAUGUGGUGAAGCUACAAGAUUUGAAUGGACAUGGGAUGAAAAAGUUAUAUCACCAACAAAUUCAUUAUCAAUAUCAAAAGAAAAUCGUGAAGUUGAAUUUCAUCCAGGAUACUCAAGUGGUACUGCUGCAGUACGUGCUAAUAAAUUUAUGGAAAAAAAUAGACAUCAUUAUUGGGAAGUUAAAAUGAUAACACCAAUUUAUGGUACAGAUGUUAUGAUUGGUGUUGGCACUGAACAAGCUGAGCUAUCAGCAAAUAAUAAAUUUUGUUCAUUACUUGGAUUAAAUAAAGAAUCAUGGGGUUUUUCUUAUAAAGGAAAAAUUCAACAUAAUGGUGAACGACGUGAUUAUUCAGAACAAUUUUAUCAAGGUUCAUUGGUUGGUGUUUAUUAUGAUUCAUGGAAAGGAACAAUUGAAUUUUUUGUUAAUCGUAAAUCACUUGGUAUUGCAUUUACUGGUUUAUAUAACUUAACACUUUAUCCAAUGGUGUGUUCAACAGCUGCUAAAAGUAUCAUUAGAUUAUCACAAUGUUUAUCAACACAAUCAUCAUUACAAAUGGAAUGUCUAAUGAUGCUUAGACCAACUGAUUUUACAUAUUUAAAAACUACAUUUCCUGGUCUUCGUUAUUUAACUAAAAGUCUUUUAACUGAUAUUUUACGAAAUCGACAAGGUGCAAAUCAAAAUGAUGAUGAUGAUAAUGAUGACUAUGAAUUUCCAGCAAAAUACAUGAUUCUUGAUGAUUUUGAUUUUGCUCUUGUUGGUUUUGGUAGACGAAAAAAAAAACCAAAAUUAUGUUCAUCACCUUAAAAAGUAGAUAUAUAAAAAUUUUAUUAUUUUUUAUUUAUAAAUUAAUAAUAUCAAAUUUAUCAUGUAAAAUUUAACAUUUUUAUUUUUUUGUUUUAAUUAAAAUUAUUUUGUUUAUAUUUUAUUUUUCAGUUAAUUGUGAUUAAUUAAAUGUCGAUUUUUUUUUAAAUUAAUAAUAAAUAUAUAAAAAAAUGAAUAAAUAUAUAUAGACAAUUUAAAAAAGAAAAU